AUGAGCGUCCGAAUGGCUAAUGACGACCACCAUCAGACAGGCGGCGCGCAGCAUUUCGCGGAUACGGCUGGUAUAGGUCAGGUCAUUCAGAAUACCGCCGACCGGCGGCGCCUGAGCAAUCCAGCGAUCGCCGACCAACGCUUUCAACUGAACAAGAAUUCUGGCUGCCUCACGACGAUCGCUCGUGCCGAGCUGGACCAUCGCCAACCGGAUAUAAGUGUCGAUCGACGCGGGCGCCAAAUGGACGAUCGGCGCGAUUUCUUGGUUAAACGACCCGACGCGGAUUUAUUACUUGGGUCGAUCAACACGGAGAAGCAGUAUCCGAUCUGCUGCUUCAGCCGCCAUCAUGGCAUGGGAGCCAGGAACUAUGUUCGCCAGAUUCGCUACCCUUCCGCUGGCCACCCUUGCCGCCAGCCCCACGACGCCGCCGGCCCUGCUGACCUGCCUGAUCGUCACCAAUCGGACGGCGGAAUGGGCUUGCGGCACGUCCGUCGGCUCGGGUGUUCGGCAACGCCGAUCUCAGGGCUUCUUCGGCGGCCUGAACGUCGCGCUGAUCAACACGGACCGUGGCCUCAUCCUGAUCGAUGGCGCUCACCUCGUGGGGCGCCUGCGAUCUCGCCAAUGUCAUGGGAAACCUGGUUUCCGGGCCGCAUGACAUCAACAUAUCCUGAAACUGGAGCCACAUUUCGACCAUGCCGGCGGCAUCGCCGCGCUGGCCCGCGACACCGGUGCGACGGUCAUCGCCAGCGCGCGGGGGCAGAGGGAUCGCGUACCGGGCGGCUGGCGGCGGACGAUCCGCAGCGUGGCUAUGACAGACGUUUUCCCGCCGUGGGCGCGGGUCCGGUGAUCCGCGACGGUGAGCAGCCAGCGCUGGGCAACACGAUCGUCACCGCCCGGGCGCCCCGGACAUACGAUGGGCAGCAUGAGCUGGAGCUGGCGUGCCUGGAGAGUACGUGGCGCAAAGCGGUCGUCUUCGCCGCCAGUCUCAACCUGGUAUCGACCGACGAUUAUCGCUUCUCCGCUGCCUCGAACAAGGCGGUCAUCGCGGCCUUUGCUCGGGGCCGAGCGGCGAUGCGCGAGCUGCCCCGCGACAUCCUGAUCACCGCCCAUGCCGAUCAGGACGGUGCGACUGGUCGCUUCCUGACGGCACCGCGCCUGCCGCCCCUAUGCCUUGUCAUCGCAGCGGAAGCUCGCCCAGCGCCUAAAUAG